CAUACAAUCUUUAAAUAUUUCACAAAUUGUUGUCCAAAAACACUAAUCUCCUCCAUGAAAAAAGUGUUCCAAAAUUCACAUCUUUUCAUAUGUAAUUUUCACUCAAAACCAAAGGGCAUUUUUAGCAUAUCACAAUGUCCAUGAUAACAUUUUAGAAAAACAGUUUUUUUUUUUUUUUUUUUGAGUGACUCACUUUUGCUAUGAAUUAGCAUAGAGAGAAGAGAGCAGAGUAGAAACAUGUCAAGCAAUGCCAUCAUCACAACAAUACUUCUCUUGUUCCUCAACAUCUCUUUCUUCCCAACAAUCUCUUCUUUGAACCAAGAAGGCCUUUCUCUCCUGUCGUGGCUUUCAACUUUCAGUUCAUCUUCAUCUUCUUCUUCUUCUUCUUCCACUUUUUUCUCUUCUUGGAAUGAAACAAACCAAAACCCAUGUCAAUGGGACUACAUCAAAUGCAACAACAAUGGUUUUGUUUCAGAAAUCACUAUUAGCUCCAUCAAUCUAGGCACUGCUUUUCCUACCCAAUUCCUCUCUUUGAAUUCCCUCACCACGCUCGUGCUUUCCUACACGAACCUCACCGGUGAAAUUCCAUCUUCAAUUGGAAACUUGUCGUCAGUGACCAAGUUAUCUUCAAUUGGAAACUUGUCGUCAGUGACCAAGUUAGACUUAAGUUUUAAUGCUCUAACAGGGCGAAUACCGCCUGAAAUUGGAAAAUUGUCCGAGCUUCAACGACUUUCGCUGAGUUCUCACGAAGAUGAAAUUGGAAAUUGCUCGAUGCUCCAACAGCUUGAGCUGUUCGAUAACCGGCUUUCUGGAAGAAUUCCUGCAGAAAUAGGAAUGUUGUCUAUGCUCAAAGUAUUUCGUGCUGGUGGAAACCCGGGAAUUGGCGGGGAAAUCCCAAUGCAGAUAUCGCAAUGCAAAGGACUAAUUUUCUUGGGACUUGCGGAAACUGGGAUUUCGGGGCAUAUUCCGUAUACUUUAGGAGAGUUGAAGAAUCUAAAGACGCUUUCCAUAUACACUGCGAAUCUCACUGGUGAAAUUCCUCUUGAAAUUGGUAAUUGCUCGGCUUUGGAGAAUCUUUUCGCGUAUGGAAAUUAUAUUUCUGGACGAAUUCCAAGCCAACUAAGCAUGUUGAAAAAUCUCAAGAGAGUUUUACUAUGGCAAAACAAGCUCACCGGUACCAUUCCUGGAUCUCUUGGAAACUGUUUGAGCUUGAUGGUUAUCGAUUUCUCGCUAAAUUCUCUCUCUGGUGAGAUUCCUCCGUCUCUCGUGAAUUUAGCCACGUUGGAGGAGCUUCUUUUAUCCGAAAACAACAUUUCCGGGGAAAUCCCACCUUUUCUUGGCAAUUUUUCCAAUUUGAAGCAACUUGAGUUGGACAACAACAGAUUUUCCGGGAAAAUUCCACCCGCCCUCGGGGAAUUAAAGGAGCUUUUGCUUUUUUUCGCUUGGCAAAAUCAGCUUCGCGGAAACAUUCCACCGGAGCUCGCCAAAUGCAGGAAACUCCAAGCAAUAGACCUCUCACACAAUUUUCUCACCGGGUCAGUUCCAAAUUCCCUUUUCACCCUCAAGAACUUAACUAAAUUGUUGUUGCUAUCGAAUCAACUUUCCGGAACAGUUCCAACCAGUAUAGGCAAUUGCACUCGGUUGACACGCCUACGAUUAGGCUCAAACAUGUUAUCCGGUCAAAUUCCACCCCAAAUCGGGCUGUUACAAAGCUUGAGUUUUCUCGAAUUGUCCGAAAAUCGAUUCACUGGAGAAAUCCCACCCGAGAUAGGCCAUUGCACUGAGCUAGAAAUGGUGGAUUUGCAUGAUAACAAUCUCCAAGGUGGGAUUCCAAGCUCCUUUGUAUCCCUUGUUGAGCUCAAUGUUCUAGACCUUUCCAAGAACAGAAUAUCAGGCAUCAUUCCCAAGAAUUUCGGAGAAUUGAAAUCUUUGAACAAGCUCGUGUUAAGCAAAAACUACAUUACCGGUGUGAUUCCUAAAUCGCUAGGUCUCUGUAAGGAUUUGCAGCUGCUGGAUAUCAGCAGCAACAGAAUCGGCGGCUCGAUCCCCGAUGAGAUUGGCCAGUUGCAAGGACUAGAUAUUCUGUUGAACAUGAGUUGGAAUUUCUUGACAGGUCCAAUCCCGGAAGGUUUUUCAAAAUUUUCGAAACUCGCAAACUUGGAUCUUUCUCACAACAUGUUAAUGGGAAGCCUAACGGUGUUGGCCAAUCUUGACAGUCUCGCUUCGCUCAACGUGUCGUACAAUAAUUUCUCGGGUUUUCUUCCUGACACCAAGAUCUUCCAGGACCUCCCUGAUGCUGUUUUCGUUGGAAAUCCUGAACUCUGCAUUAACCGAACUAACUGCAAGAUUAGUACUUCUUCAAAUCUACACGGCAUACAAUCCGCUAAAAAUCUCAUCCUCUUGGUUGUUCUCAGCAUAACAGUGACGACAAUCAUUGUGACUAUUGGAGUAAUUUCACUCAUCAAAACACAAAGCAGUAACAAUGACAGCAACAACGAAGAACGCGGUUUGGAUUGGGAAAUCACCCCCUUCCAGAAGCUAAAUUUCUCAGUACACGACAUCGUGUCAAACCUCUCGGAUAGUAACAUUGUCGGAAAGGGCUGCUCAGGAGUGGUUUAUCGUGUAGAAACUCCAUUGGGACAAGUCAUUGCAGUGAAAAAGCUGUGGCCAAUGAAGAAAGGCGAGCGUCCAGAACGGGACUUGUUUUCUGCGGAAGUCACAGCGCUCGGAUCAAUUAGGCAUAAGAACAUAGUGAGGCUUUUGGGAUGUUGCAAUAAUGGAAAAACAAAAUUGUUAUUAUUCGAUUACAUUUGUCAUGGGAGUUUGACUGCGGCGCUUCACGAGGAGAAGGUGUUUUUGGAUUGGGAUGCGCGGUUUAAGAUCAUACUCGGAGCUGCUCAUGGUUUGGCUUAUCUUCAUCAUGAUUGUAUUCCUCCCAUUGUUCAUCGCGAUGUCAAGGCUAACAAUAUAUUGGUCGGAUCACAAUUUGAAGCUUUUCUUGCGGAUUUUGGAUUGGCAAAGCUUGUUAGCUCUUCGGAUUGUUCCAAAGUUUCCAACACGGUUGCAGGGUCUUAUGGGUACAUAGCUCCUGAAUAUGGAUACAGCUUGAGAAUAACAGAGAAGAGUGAUGUCUACAGCUAUGGCAUUGUCCUCCUAGAGGUCCUAACUGGGAUGGAACCAACCGAUCACCGAAUUCCCAAUGGUGCCCACAUUGUCAGCUGGAUCAAUCAAGAACUUCGCGAAAAACACACAGAAUUCACAACAAUUCUUGAUCCAACACUGCUUCAACGGUCUGGCACACAAGCCCAAGAGAUGCUGCAAGUGCUCGGUGUCGCUCUGCUCUGCGUGAAUCCUUGCCCAAAGGAGCGACCCACCAUGAAAGAUGUCACAGCCAUGCUCAAAGAGAUCAAGCAUGAGAAUGGGGAGUGUGAAAAGCCAAAACCAGCUGUUCACUGUUCAAGUUUUUCCAGAUCAUCUGAACCCUUGAUCAGAUCACCUUCCCAUUUGGCAUAGUUAGUUCAAAUUGUUGUUGUGUUUGAAUUAAUUGAUUUUUUUGCAAGUAACAAAAUAAGUUGUGUAGAUUGGUGUUGUAAUUUAGUAGACAUAUAUAUAUUUUGAUUGUAAAUUAGUAUUUGGUGA